ACACUCAGCGUUUACAUCGUUGACGAGCCGAUCAAGAAGAUGGGUGCUUUCAAAUUUUUAGGAACUCGCCUCUCUGUAGAAGGAGAACAUCAAAGGGUUAUCGGCCAGGCAAACGCUGUCUGGGUACCCUCACACAAAUUCUAUGUAAUAAGUGAAUGCCAAUGGCGGCAAAUGUUGGCCAAGUACGCAAGAAGAACGCAAGCUGAUAAUGUCGACGUGGAGGAUGAGCUUGGUUUUGAAGUGUACGAUCAAAAUUAUCCCUGUGUAUUAUCUGCUCAACACGCAAAAUCCUCAAUUAAGAAGAAGCAGGAGCCAGCGCAGCCAACGAGUGAGAAGAGGAGUGACGAACAUGUGGAGUCGCAAGUAGCUCUCAAGGUUCAGUCUAUAAAUCCUCAACAUCAGAAUGCUAAUCCAUCACCUUCAGGAGACGAUAGAUCUGCGAAAAAGUACAUUUUAUUGAACUACCGGAACUUUAACUUGUCACCAAUUAUCUCUACUGUUUAA